GCCGGCUUCAAGUAGCGGUCCAGUUUAGUCGUUGUAUAGAUUGACCGCCCGCAGGCGAGAAAAUGGCAGCGUCCAACGUGUCGGGUGCCCCACCGCACGUGAGCCCAUUCGAUCAGCAGCGAAAGUCCGACAUGGCGACGACGUCGCUGCCACCUCCGCUGACCGCCAAGGACCCCGCCGGUUUCGCCUACAAGACAGUGCACGAAAGGCUGGCCGUCAUCUUGACCAGAACCAUGGACACUGCCUCCAACGACGUGGCUACGAUGGGAUCCGAGGCGUGCGACGAUAUGAAGCUUGUCGCGGCACGCCUGACCAAGUUGCGCGACGAGAUCGCAGCCAACAAGCCACUGGUUGCACUAGAAGAUGACUUUGAGGAUGCGACGGUAUGGAACUCGGUGCUUGACAAGUACACGGCCGACGGCAAGGGCAACGCGCCCCGUUGGUACGACGCGCCUUGGCUCUACUUCGAGACCUACUUCUACAGGCGCAUCUUCGGGGCGUUCUACGAGUCAGCGAAGCUGAAGGAAUACGAUUACUUUGCGAAGUUCAAGCAUGAGGCACUGGACGGCUCGAUCAAUGCAGUGCGCAUCCUCAUAGACUCUGCGGCUGCAAGCGCGCACCGGGACGUCGCGCCGGCGGCACUCAGGCAGGCCACUCGCAGGUUAGUUGAAAUUUCGCUGUGGGGCAACCGAUGCGACCUGUCUCUGUCCUGCGGUGCUGACGCAUCUAGUCAAGCCGACGCUUUGCAAAAGACCGACGCGCUCCGGCCCUUCAUCAUUUCCAACGACACCGACAAGCUGUUGGAGCACCUGUGGAAGCUUCGCGAACGAAAUCUCGGUGGUAGUAAGUCAAGUACGCGGUUGCACUGCGUAAUGGACAACUCGGGCUACGAGCUAUCCUCGGACUUGGUCCUCUUCGACUUCCUGCACGUAACAGGCUACGUGACCGGCGUGACGUUACACGCCAAGGCCAUACCGUACUACGUCUCGGACGUGAUGCGCCGGGACGUGUCGUGGACUCUGCGCAAGAUGCAAGAAAGCCAGCACGAGUCGAUGCGGGCGCUCGCAGAGCGAUGCCAGCGUCGACUCGCCGACGGCGCCUGGUCCGUGCAGGACGACAUCUUCUGGACGCAGCCGUUCGACUACGCCCAAAUGGCGACGCGGAGGCCCGAGCUCUACAAGACGCUGCAGUCGGCGGACUUGGUGUUCUUCAAAGGGGACGUCAACUACCGCAAGCUGGUGGGAGACCUCGAGUGGGACCCGUCGGUUCCAUUCAAGCAGGCGCUCAGGGGCUUCGAGCCGACGUUCUUAUGCACCCUCCGCACCAUCAAGUCGAACACUGUGGCGGGUGUGGACAGAUCGGUUGCCCGCGAGGUGGCGCAGCGAUCGCCGGACUGGUUGAUCACGGGCGAGUACGCGGUCAUACAGUGCGCGGGAACGGCCUAAGCGGUUUCUGACGCAUCUGCGAAGAACACAAAAAUUAGCGAGGUCGUUUUGUCGAUAUUAGCGGACGUGUAUUAAAUAAAAUUUACGGCGU